UGCUCGUGUUGUUGUUUUUUUCUUCUUUUAAACAAAAGGGGUCGUCAUGGAUUUAGUUUCUUGGUUUCUCGUCUUCAUUUUGUUUCAUCAGAGGGGUUUUGAUUCAGUUCAAGGACAGAACACACCUUAUUCAAACUGUCCUCAAGAAUUCCAAUGUGGAAGUUCGGAAAUCCUGAGCUUUCCUUUCUACAAACCCAAUCAACCUGAUUGUGGAUUGUGCAAAGUUGAUUGUGAUACUGCUCCACAUCCGGUGAUUGAAUUGGACGGAGUGAAGUAUCAAGUUGUUGAAAGACAGAAUGUUUUUGUCACAAUUAAGGAUCCUAUUCUUGAAAAUUUCUUAAAGAAAAAGAGUUGUCGAUCUUUUGAUAGAAAUCUAUCUCUCCCAAUAUCUCCUAUAAUCACCUAUAGAAUCUCCCCCUUCCUCACCUUGUUUAAAUGCAAUACUAGCAAUGGUUUCUCUUACGAUGGCUUUCAGAGAUACAAUGGUUGCGAAAGUUUCACAUUAUACUAUAACCAUUCGUCUGUUUCUUCUGUAGGAACUAAUCUUCCUACUAAAUGUUCAAUGAUUCAAUUGCCUAUGGUGUCAGUUUAUGAAUCAAAAUCGAACAACAGUGACUUGUUCGAUAUGUUAGCUGCUGAUGUUUCUCUAGGAUGGACUAUAUCUAAUAAGUGUAAUCAGUGUUAUUCUAUCGGAGGACGGUGUCAAGUUGAUAGUAACAACAAAUUUCUUUGUUCUGCUGAUGAAGGCAAAGGAACAUCGAAAAAGCACCAUCUUCGCAGAACAUGGAUCGUCGUUUUAGCCACAGUUGCAGUUCUCUCUUGCAUUGGAAUCUUGAUUUUGCUAUUCUGCUUCAGAAAAAAGAUUUUCUGGCAAAAGUACCUCAGGUUUUGGGAAUCUGAAGCUGAGGAUCAUCGAAAUAUUAAAGCAUUUCUCAAGAACUACGGGCCAUAUGCUCCGAAGAGAUAUAGCUAUUCAGACAUCAGAAGGAUGACUAGUACCUUCAAAAACAAACUAGGCCAAGGAGGAUAUGGUUAUGUAUACAAAGGAAGUUUGCAUAAUGGAAGUCCUGUUGCUGUGAAGGUUCUGAAUGGACUAAAAGGCAGUGGUGAAGAAUUUAUUAACGAGGUGGCAAGUAUUAGCAGGACAUCACAUGUUAACAUCGUGAGCCUCGUGGGAUUUUGCUUUGAGGGUCGAAAAAGAGCUCUCAUUUAUGAAUUCAUGCCAAAUGGAUCUCUAGAAAAGUUUAUCUAUGAGGAAAGAUCAGACAGAGUUCGCCAACUGGAUUGGUUAGUACUGUAUAAAACUGCACUAGGCAUUGCUCGAGGAUUGGAGUACUUGCAUCGUGGUUGUAACACUCGGAUAUUACAUUUUGAUAUAAAGCCUCAUAACAUACUUCUUGAUGAAGAUUUUUGUCCUAAGAUAUCUGACUUUGGCCUUGCCAAACUCUGCAUAAAAAAGGAAAGCAUAGUGUCAAUGUUAGAUGCACGAGGGACUAUCGGUUAUAUUGCUCCAGAAAUUAUUUGUAGAAACUUGGGAGGUGUCUCACACAAGUCUGAUGUCUAUAGCUAUGGAAUGAUGGUCUUAGAGAUGGUUGGAGGAAGGAAAAAUGUUGAUGAGAGACUUGAUCGUACGAGUGAAAUCUACUUUCCUGAUUGGCUUUAUCAACGAAUUGAACUAGACGAAGAACUUCAAUUAAAUGGUAUAAUGAAUGAAGAGGAGAAAGAAUGUGCACGAAAGAUGGUAAUAGCGAGUCUAUGGUGCAUUCAAACUAUUCCUUCAAAUCGACCAUCUAUGACUAAAGUUGUCGAAAUGUUAGAAGGCAACCUUAACUCUUUGCAAAUUCCUCCAACGCCUUCCCUAUAUUCUUCCUCAAGAACAGAAAUGGAUUCAUCAGAAGUAAGAUUGACCUCAUCAGUAGAGAAUUGAUCUAAGCUUCUCACAUUGAGAAAAGUUCCCGUUCAACUCGUCUCUAACUCCACGAGGUAAGGGUAAGAUGAUUUGAGUACUAUGUCACUUUACCCUCUUCACACUCCACUUUUAUGAUUAAACUCGUAUGAUAUUGUUGUUGUUCUUGCAAAAAUUUUUCAUUGUGUUUUGAAUAGUUGCUUCUUUAGUCUUACUUUGUUAGAAACAUCUAAAUCCACUGAGCUUCAAAAAAAAAAAAUUGUGUCAGAUUGACUUCUUUUUUUUGCCUUUUCUUAUAAAUAAGAUUGACUGGAAAAUAAUGAUCACAAAAGGCAAGACUAAAUAAAAUAUGGCUUAGUUUUCUUCUUUUUGGAGGUUGGAAUUUUUUUGUUUGAGCAUGGGAUAAUUCUAUAUGACUUAGUCUUCUUCUUUUGUUUGCUUCUUAAUCAUGAUUUCUCAAAUGCAACAAUAGUAUCACUAACCAAAAUACAAGGGAAAGAGAAUCAAUUAUUGGGAAAAAAUUUACUCACACUUGGUACAAUAACAUAUUUAAUAUAAUUUCAUAAGUGGAGUCUGAAAAAAGUAGCAUAUACACAGAUCUUACCCAUGUCUUUGUGGGGAAGAGAGGAUUUGUUUUCGAAAGACACUCGACUCUUUUUUCUCAAAAAUAAAAAUAUAUCAUGAAGUCAUAUCGAUUUGUUAUCAUUUGUAUGUUAUAGUUCUGAAAUGUAAUUUUUUAAAACCUUUAUUUGUACCUCUAUAAUCGUGACGAUUUGGUAUGGUUUGUAAGUAAUCCAAUAGGACAAUUACGUUAAAUAUAGCAUGAACUCAUAUCUUUUUGCUCUUUUUUUUUUCCUUAUGUGCCUAUAGUUUUGAAAUCAUGACAAUCCGAUGCAGUUUCUAUGUAAUCUGGCUUGUAAGACAUCUAGGUUGAAUAUAGCAUUAGGUCAUAUCAAUCUGUCAUGACUUAUACGCUACAGUUCACCUAUUCGGGUUCCUCUAGCUAGCUCACUUGAUCAUCGUUGUUGGUUCAACUUAAAAGUAUUUUGAUCCAUAUAUUUUUCGUUAAACUUAAAAGGUC